CACCACCGCCGCCGAAAAAUGGCCGCCGCUGCCAUCCACACCUCCGAAAAACAAUACUCCCCUGCCCGCUCCCUCGGCAACACCGAGCAAAACUGGUGCCGAGCAGUCGCCUCCGGCACCGGCAUCACCGUGCUAGCCCUCCAAAUGGCCAUCCCGCCGCCGCAGAUCGCCGCCUCCCUGACCGGAAUCCUCGAAAAACUCCAAACGCGCCACCCUCUCCUCGCCGCCAAACUCCACUACAACCGCGCCACAAAAUCCUUCUCCUUCCUCCAAGCCCCCGCCCCCGCAGCGCCCCACGCCGUCGCGCUCCACGACGCCCCAACGACGGCGAAGAUCCUCGCCGCCGCCGCCGCCAAUUCCCCGCUCCACGCAAUCCUAGAGCACGAGCUCAACACCAACAGCUGGUCCCACCCGGGCUCCUUCCCAUGCAGCGGGGCCGAAAUCCUCCACGUGGCCGUGUACGCGGCCACGGGCACCGGGUCCGUCGUCGCGCUGCGGUUCCACACCUCGGUGUGCGACCGCGCGACGGCGGUCUCGGUGCUGAGGGAGCUGAUGGAGAUGGUGGGGGGCGCGGGGCCAAAUGCGGGAAUAGGGAAUGAGGGGGAGGGCAAAAUGGGAAUCGAGAGUUUGAUUCCGGUUGGGACGGCGAAGAAGACGCUGUGGGCCCAUGGGUUGGACACGUUGGGAUAUUCGGUGAACUCGCUCAGGUUGACGAAUUUGACCUUCCAAAAUACGAAAAUGCCGAGGCGGUCUGAGGUGGUCAGGCUGCAAAUAGCAACCAAGCAUACUGCUCUGAUUCUUGAGAGGUGUAAGUCCAAAGGGAUCAAGAUAUGUGGAGUUCUAGCAGCAGCUGCAAUAAUUGCAGCAAAUUCAACAAAACAUCACACUUCUGACACUAAGAAAUAUGGAGUCGUCACUCUCACUGAUUGUCGUGCUAUUCUUCAACCACCUCUUUCCCAUCGUCACUAUGGAUUCUACCACUCAGCCAUCCUCAACAUACACAAAGUAAAAGGAUCUGAAAAUGUAUGGGAUUUAGCCAAGACAUGCUACAUGGACUUCGCCGAUUACAAGAAAAGCAACAAGCAUUUCUCCGACAUGGCCGAUCUCAACUUCCUCAUGUCGAAAGCCAUCGACAACCCGGCUCUCACCGCCUCCUCGUCCCUCCGGACGUCGCUUGUCACCGUGUUCGAGGACCCCGUGCUCGACGACUCCCUCGAGAUGCAGCGGAGCAUCGGCGCGGAGGACUUCGUGGGGUGCGCCUCGGUCCACGGCGUCGGCCCCUCCAUCGCCAUCUUCGACACCGUCCGCGAAGGCCGCCUCGACUGCACGUGCGUCUAUCCCGCGCCGCUGCACUCGAGGGAGCAGAUGAGUGAGCUUGUUGAACGGAUUAGUAAGGUUUUGAUCGAUGGAGUGACUGAAGACGGGACUGAAGUUUGAAUUCUAAUUUGUGUUUAAAAAAAUGUAUUUCGAUUCAUUGUUUCUUAUGAUCGGCUUGAUUAAUCAGCUAGGAUCAUUGUGAUAUACUUUUACACUAUCAUAUAAAAAAAAUUGU